AUGCCUCUGCACUUCUCUCACAAGUUUGAUACGCCUGUUUAUAAGGGAACGACGUCUUUUUCAACAGAGCUGUUUAUUAACGGACAGUUCGUUGAUGGAUCUGAUGGCACUACGAUUGAGCAAGACGUUGAUAUAGCCGUGGACUGCGCACAGAAGGCUUUCGAUACCACAUGGGGUCUCAAGGCUUCGGGAUCGUUUCGCGCUGACCUGAUGCAGAAGCUUGCCAAUGCUAUGGUUGAGAAUAGAGAUGAGCUGUGCGCUUUGGAGGCUCUGGAUAACGGCAAGACCUAUGCCUGGGCACAGCGUGCAGAUCUGCCACUAUCCAUCGAUAUUGAAGGUAAAGUCAUCGAAACGGAUGAGGGUCGACUUACGUAUACCAGGCAUGAACCUAUCGGAGUUGUUGGUCAGAUCAUUCCAUUUCUCAUGAUGGUCAUGAAACUUGGUCCUGCGCUCGCCACUGGAAAUUGUAUUGUCAUGAAGACAUCGGAAUUUACCCCGUUAUCAGCGCUGCGAAUCUGUACCCUCAUUCAGGAAGUAGGCUUCCCUCCCGGGGUCGUCAAUGUACUUACCGGUUAUGGAGAGACCGUCGGCGAGGCGAUAUCAAUGCACAUGAGAAUUGAAAAGGUCGCUUUCACGGGGAGUGUCCUCGUCGGUCAUAAGAUCAUGGUAGCUGCAGGAAAGAGUAAUCUUAAGAAAGUUACUCUGGAACUCGGUGGAAAGAGUCCAAAUAUUAUUUUCAAUGACGCAGAUUUAGAACAAGCUGUCAACUGGUCGUUCCACGGCAUUUAUUGGAAUCAUGGUCAGGCUUGUUGUGCUGGCUCUAGGAUAUUUGUGCAAUCCGGGAUCUACGGCGAGUUCCUCAAAAGGUUCACUGAGAAGAGCAAGGCGAUCAAAGUUGGCGACCCUUUCGAUGAAGACUCAUUCCAGGGACCGAUGGUUUCCAAGAGGCAAUUCGAUCGUGUGAUGAACUUCAUCGAUUUGGGAAAAAACCAAGGCGCUACGAUCCAUCUUGGCGGAGAACGUCACGGCGCUAAAGGGUACUUCAUUCAGCCAACCAUAUUCACCGACACGACACCCGAUAUGGACAUCGUACAAGAGGAAAUAUUCGGACCUAUCAGCUGUAUCAUCAAGUUUGAAGACGAAGAGGAUGUCGUCCGACAAGCCAAUGAUACAUUCUACGGAUUGGCCGCAGCGGUAUUCACCAAAGACAUCACUCGCGCUCUUGAGACUGCGCAUAAUCUGAAAGCUGGGACGGCCUGGGUCAAUUGUUACAAUGUCGUCCAUGCUAAUGUGCCUUUCGGAGGAUUCAAACAGUCCGGAUUUGGGCGGGAAUUUAGUGAAUAUGCGCUUCAAAAUUACACCAACGUCAAGUCUGUGAAUAUUAACCUGUGUCAUAAGAUGCACUGAGAGUCAUUGCUGUGUACUCGCACGGCUGAGGGGCGUGUCUUGUGGAGCGGUUCCGUAAAGAUAGGUACGAAGCCGCACACGGUACCAACACCAACACCAGCACCAACACUUCAAUCAGUUGCAAUAGAAUAUGGAUCAUAGCCUGUUGUAAAUCAUGAUGAACGCCGGCUUUUCCUGCUCUGCUACAAGUCCUGAUCGAUGAACCUGAACGACCUCCAAAGGAAAUUGUUGUGUUAUCUGAAUAAAGGUAAUAUCCAGGGUGCAAGGAUUGCAAGGUUCAGCAUAUUUUUAC